AUGCCGAACCCAAAUCGUUCUCCUUUGUUCUUUCAACUGUCAGUUGCUUCAACAGUUCAACUCUCAAACGACUCACUGUUCUCCUUUGUUCUUAGAGAAGAAGCAGGAGAGUUUUCUAGGGAAAAUUCUGCCUUCUUGAGCACCCAAAUCGAUUGGAAGGAUACCCCAGAAGCCCAUGUGUUCAAGGCCGAUGUUCCAGGUCUCAGGAUGGAAGAAGUGAAGGUGGAGGUUGAAGAUGAUCGGGUGCUACAGAUCAGCGGUGAGAGGAACGUGGAGAAGGAAGACAAGAACGAUACUUGGCAUCGGGUUGAGCGCAGCAGCGGGAAGUUCUUGAGGAGGUUUAGGGUUAAGGUUUUUCCAUAA